UUUAUGUCUGUCCAGACUGUUACGAACUAAGAUGGAGGACAUGGGAGGGCGAAAUAUGGAUCUGGACACAGUUUUGUAGCUCGCUGGAGUUACUUUCUUGCGUUCCGUACUUAUGGCGGAACUUUUUGGACCUGACAAUGCCUAGAAAGGGGAAUGGACAGUUGCCGUUACCGGACGGCUGGGAACAGGCGACGGAUUACGACGGCAAAGUAUUUUAUAUCGACCACAAUACCAAGCAAACCAGCUGGAUAGACCCAAGGGACAGGUUAACAAAGCCCUUGUCUUUCGCCGACUGUGUUGGUGACGAGUUGCCAUGGGGUUGGGAGGCGUCCUACGACCCCCAGGUGGGCACCUACUACGUCGACCACAUCAACAAGAGCACUCAGUUGGAGGACCCGCGGAAGGCGUGGCGUGGGGAGCAGGAGCGCAUGCUGCAGGAGUACCUGACGGUGGCGCAGGAUGCGCUGAGCGCCCAGAAGGAGCUUUACCAGGUCAAAGAACAGCGGCUCGCACUUGCACUCGACGAGUACGUGAGGCUCAAUGACGCCUACAAGGAGAAGUCCAGCUCGCGGACUAGCUUAUUUUCAGGGUCAUCGUCAAGCACAAAAUAUGACCCUGACAUCCUAAAGGCUGAGAUCUCCACUACUAAAGUCCGGGUUAAUAAGCUGAAGAGAGAAUUGUUACAGAUGAGGCAAGAGCUUCUGUACAAAGAGCAGGGCUUCGAAACCUUGCAACAGAUCAACCAAAAAAUGUCAGGAGAUCAGAGUGGCUACCGGCUGAAAGAGGCAAAGGCCAUUGUGAGCGAGCUCAAGUCCCUGCACAAGGCCAUCAGCUCCGGGGAGAAGGAGAAGCAGGACCUGAUGCAGUGUCUGGCCAAACUGAAGGAGCGAUUCUACAAGGGCCAGAGUAUGGGUCGAUCGGAACCUGACCUGCGGAACCCGGCAGGUUCUCAAUCAUCGCUCUCCAGACAGAUGCUGGACGCCGGCUCACAGACAGACAUCUCGGGAGAGGCGGGUAUGAGGAGCAGGUCAUCUGUAGCUGAAAAGGUCAAAUUGAACCUACAGUAUGAGGAGGCCAAAAGAAGCAUGGCCAACCUGAAGAUCGAGCUGGCCAAGCUGGAGGACCGUGCCUGGCCGGGCGCGGUGGACGUGGAGCGCGAGCGCCUGCUGCUGCUCAGCGAGAAGGAGGAGCUGCUCAAGGAGCUGCAGUUCGUGUCGCCGCGCCGACGCUCGUUGGCGGAGCUGCAGCGUCUGGAGCAGGAGCGCUCGCGUCUGGAGGAGGACCUGCAGGCCAUCAGGGCCACGCCCAGCCAGGCGCUCGCGCAGAGGUUGAAAAUUCAAGAGAGGAGGCGAGUUCUCAUGCAGAAACUGUCAGAGUCUACACGGUUGGCAACAAUGCUCCAGUCUCAGCUCAAAAGCUUGUCAGCCAGCACAUUGUCCGUGUCGUCGGGCAGCAGUCUGGGCUCUCUGGCCUCCAGCCGCGGCUCCCUCAACACCUCCAGCAGCCGCGGCUCCCUGACCUCCCUGAGCUCCGGGGACCUGUACUACAGCGGCCAGCCCAACGCCUGCAUGCUGGACCUGGACUACCAGUACCAGCUGGACCUCCUGCUGCAGCCUGACCAGCCGCCCUCAUCCUUCGGACCGCCAGGCCCCAUCACCACCAUCCACGAGCACGAGGUGGCCAAGAUCCCCUCCAUGGCUGCCACGUCCACCACCUCAUCCGUUGUAUCCUCUAAGGGGCCCUCGUUUCCCACCCCUCCCGUUGCUCUGUCCACCAACCUGGCUAACUCUAGUGUGCCCCCUAAGGCGGCCGAGCCCUCGAAGUCGGUGGCCUCGCUGUCGUCACGAUCCUCGCUGUCUUCGCUCUCUCCACCCGGCUCGCCGCUGGUGCUGGAGGGGGCGUUUCUGCACCCCUCGAUCCAAGAUGCUGCUGUGCAGGACUAUGGGGAAGGGGAACUGACUGGAGACUUUGCUGAGCUGGGCUUCUUCGAGAGCGCACUGGUGUUUGAUCCAGAGAGUGAGGAUAAAGACGUCGGUGACGUACUACGGAGGGUACCCUUGACCACCUUACGAGAAGGCAUGACAGAUGUGGAGUUUGCUCGACAAUCUGCAGAUUCUUUGGAGAGCAAGCCAGCGUGCGUGUCUGCUGCUGUAUCAGACGAAUCUGUAGCUGGAGACAGUGGCGUGUAUGAGGCCUCUGUUAAACGGUCAAAUGAAGCUGAAGACCCUGUGUAUAUUGAGGACGAGCCAAUUCUACCCGAGUCAGCCCAAGUUCAGCUGGGAAUGAAGUAUGAUGCCUCCACGUCCAGCCUCAUCAUGGUGCUCAUGCAGCUUCAGAACCCCACUGCCUUGCUGGUGCCCCUGGCAACCAAAGUGUACCUGCGUGUGGCGCUGCUGCCCUCCUCCACCGACAUCAGUUGCCUGUUCCGCACACGGGUGCAUCCCCUGGCCGAGCCGCUGGUAUUGAAUGAGGUGUUUCGCACUGAGGCUGCCAUGCCACUUCUGCGCCUCAAGACACUACGCAUCGAUGCCUGUGUGGUGGGCCACACACACUAUGAGGAGUGCCUGGCAGGAGUGCAGAUUCCUCUGAUUGAUGUGAAUCUGAGUGGAGACAUGAGGAGUGUGUGGCACAGCCUGCUUCCUCGCAGGAGAGUCGGCAAGGAGCGGGCUCCCCCACCUCUAGACCUGGAUGCUGUGUCAGCCUUGCUGCAGAGGACCUCGACUGAGCUGCAAGCUGUGGAGCAGGAGCUGGCGGCUGCCGGGGAGAGCUUGGGAGAAGAAUGGUUGGCCAUGUUGGAAGAACCGAUUCUGGGCGAAGAGGAGCAGGAAGAGACUGAGGAAGGAGAGACUCGGAAAGAGAAAGGUUGUGCUGAGGCGGAGCGUUGCGAGGAUUCUGAUGGCGUGCAUUCAGGCAAGGACAAAGUCAGACGGCCAGAGGACGUGGAGACAGCAGAGGGAGGCAGUAGAAGUGACGACGAGCGCACUCCUCAGGUGGCCCAAGGGCCAGCGCUGGUGGACAAGGAGACCAACACAGAGCAGGGGCUGCAGGACGGGGUGUCGGUGCGCCCCAAAGAGAGGUCGUGCCUGGGGCCGCGCCAGCAGAGAGGUUUCGUCAGGAACAGCCUGAUCCUGCGCUCUCAGACCUUCUCUCCAGGAGAGCGGAGCCAGUAUGUGUGCAGGUUGAACCGGAGCGACAGCGACAGCUCCACGCUAUCCAAAAGGUCACCGUUCAUUCGCAAUGCUUCGGAGCGCCGCAGUCUACGAAUGAAAAGGCCGGUGGUGCACACUACGAGCUCGAGGCAGACGGUGCGCACCUCGCUGGACCUGGAGCUGGACCUGCAGGCGUCGCGUACGCGACAGAGCAGGCUGAACGCGGAGCUGCAGACGCUGCGGGAGCUGCGCACGUGCAUGGAGGCGCUGAGGGACGGCGCGGAGACCGCGGGGACGGGGGACGGCACCCUGCCGACAGCGCAGCUACCCACCGCCAUGCUGCAGGACGAGCGCUUCAGCAGCCUGCUGAGGCAGGCCGAGAGACAGGCUGAGCAGUCAAAGGAGGAGCAGAGGCAAGAGCAGAAAGCAGAGAAGCUGAUGAGGAAGGCCUCCAAGGACGUGUGCCGCCUCCGUGAGCAGAGCCAGAAGGUCCCUCUGCAGGUUCAGUCGUUCAGGGAGAGGAUGGCCUACUUCACACGUGCCAAGAUUCAUAUACCCUCCUUGCCAGCUGAUGAUGUAUAAUGUCAUUUUAAAGCAAAACAAUGAAGUAUUUUCAUUAUUUUAUUUUAUAUAGUAUAUUCAUAGUAUAGCAUAUAAAAUAAAUAUAAAAAAUAUAGUUUUUCAUGAUAUAGAUAAAUGUAUUUGUAUGAGUAAUUUUUAAAGCAUUUCCCCAUACAGAAAACCAAAGUAGUGUAAUUUUGGUACGUGUCUGCAAUGAAGAGCUUGUACUGUUUUGUGAAGUGUGACUGGGAAGAGGCAGGGUGAGAGGAGAAUACUGUGGAAAUCAUAGCUGUUCUCCAAGUUAGUGCCCAUGUACACACAAACCUCUGUAUUGAUGGAUGCAUGCAUGUACCUCUGUAUGUUAAUGUCUGUAUUUGUUCACCUUGAACAGAGACUAUCUGUCUCAGUGUUAUUAGAGUGGAUGUGUGUGGUUAGGGAGGAAAAGAGAGAAGUGUGCAUGUUUUGUUCAAGGCUAAUGCUUCACUUAGGUAUUUGUGCGUGUGUUUUAAUCUAACACAAGCCUUGUUCUUUUGAAUGUAAGCAAGCAUUGCCUCCUUUUCUCUACUGCACUGAUUCUCUCUCUCUCUCUGUCUCUCUCUCUGUCUCUCUCUCUCUCGCAAGGGCUAGUGCUAUCAGUCACCUCAAACGUGUCAAUUGUGUUCAAUCAGCACUGUACUCUCGCCCAUAUAGUGAUAUUUGACAAAAAAGCAAGAUGAGCAGUGCUGAGUUUACAAGCCUGUUUUAUAGAUGCCAGAGGGGAUAAGAGGCCCAAGAAACAAUUUUGUUAAGUACAGUAAUGUUUUUUAAGUCUCUCAGCUGCCUUCCUAUUUCUUGUGUUUCAUGUGCUUUCUUUUUCAAGACAUCUCAAAAUGUUGAAUUUUUUGUUGUUGUUACAGUUGUGAAGUUGGAAACUAAAUAUUUCUGUUUGCCUAAGAUGAGCAAGAUCUAUACAAUUACAUUUUACUUACAAAGAUCAGGGGGAUAGAGUGUAAGCUAGGUGCAGAGGUCGCCCCUGUUGUAAUUUGUUAUCAUUCUUUUUCCAACCUGAGCCGGAAGAGACAAGAACUGCAGCAUUGCUUAUCCUAAUUGGUUGAGUUUUAUCUUUGGCUAGAAAGAAAGCAACAUUGUGUUUUAAAUGAACGAUGCCCCUUUACAUCUGUCGCAACAAUGGCCAUUUUUUAUUUAUUUAUUCCCCAUAUGUCUGUCUCUUAGUAUUUUUUGUUAGUGUUAUGUUCCCCCCAGAAAUGCUCUAAAAAAUGUUUGGUCUUAACUGUAUUUUUUUUCAGAUUGUACUUUUUAAGGCAGAUUUGGCAGCUAAUGCAUGGUAUGUACGUGUGUCUGAGUUACCUGAUCAUCAACAUACCAUGUAUGGGCAGUACAAUAACACGCAUGCAAGACACUGUUUCAAACAAUAUUCACACAGGAGGUUGGAAUGUGUGAAUACAAACAUACAAUAUAAACAGAGUUCUUGUAUGGACAAAAUAGUUAAAAUUUAAUUCUGCUAUGGUUUAUUUCAUCAUACCUCUGGCACAACCCACGUCUAAUGUUUUAUCAAGUGCUCAUGUUAAGACAUGUUUUAUGUUUGAUGCGCUUUUGUUUAUUUUAGAUGACUGUGACCAAAACUACACUGUGGUGAAUAUGUCAUAGCCUGUCAACUAAUAACUAUGAAGUACUUCAAAGAUUAUGUGUACCGCAAAACAACAUCUAAAAUUAUGAAGGUGAUUCCGUAUUUGCAAGAGCCUCUAUGUCUGCCUGUGUUGGUGCAGAUAUGUCAGAUCAUGUGAUCCAUCCUGUUAAGCUAAAUGUACAAAAGUGUUUUGCAAAGCUUGUUGCUUGCUUUAUGUCUUUUCAUAGAGACAGUUUUCUUUUAAAGAUGUAAACAUGAUUCAUGAAGAUAUAUAAAUCCAUUUAAUUUUUUUUUUGUCUUUUGUCUUUUUUUUUAUUUUUACAAUAUUUAAUGAAAUCUCACAUUUGUAAAUAUUUGUAUUACUUUUGCAUAUCUGAAUCAAAACUACAAUGUGCUUGUAAUGUAAAUGCUUUCUUGAAAUAUCUUACAAUCUUGUUAAAUGAUUUUGUUUAGAAAAUGGCCACUAUUGAGGAAGUAGCCACUGAACUAAGGCAUGACUCUUUUGACCCAAAUGAACUUCAUUUUCUUUGUGGCCAAUUCUAUGCAAAAGAGUCAUUUCCCCACGUGUGUGUAUGUGUGUGGGCAUCUGGGUGUGCACACACGUGUGGAUGUGAGUCCAGAAGAUGAAGAAAAGAGAAGAAGACUGAUGGACUGCAAGUAUGUGUAUGGGCUAUACCUGUGUGUUAUAUGCACAGCCAUGUGGAUGUUACUGCACACUUUGUCUUCUUUCUGCACCUUGUACAUGUUCCUGUAAUUGGUUAAAUAUGAUUUAUACUAAAUCUGUUCUCAUGUGAUU